GUCAGGGUUGACAGGAGUGCGGCGGCUACCGGCUAAGCUAACUGAAGAACCGCAACUAGCUACAUGUGGAGGGUGAAACGGGAGUUAUCCCUGACCCCCACUCUUUAAAAAAAAAACUAUUUUUGGCCAAAAAAUAAAACUUUAAACUCCAAUCCCAUCCAAAUUAAGGGUUCACGUUGGUUCACAAUGAAGGGUAGCCGAAUUGAGCUCGGGGACGUGACGCCCCACAACAUCAAGCAGCUAAAACGCCUCAACCAGGUCAUCUUCCCUGUCAGCUACAACGACAAGUUUUACAAAGAUGUUUUGGAAGUGGGAGAGCUUGCCAAGCUAGCGUACUUCAAUGACAUUGCAGUGGGGGCUGUAUGCUGCCGAGUGGACCAUUCGCAGAACCAGAAGAGACUGUACAUCAUGACACUCGGCUGUCUAGCACCUUACCGUAGACUAGGAAUCGGUACAAAGAUGCUGAACCAUGUGCUUAACAUCUGUGAGAAGGACGGUACCUUUGACAACAUAUACCUUCAUGUGCAGAUCAGCAACGAGUCGGCCAUUGACUUUUACCAAAAGUUCGGCUUUGAGAUCAUCGAAACGAAAAAGAAUUACUACAAGAGGAUAGAGCCGGCUGAUGCCCACGUGCUGCAGAAGAGCCUGCGCAGCCCCAGCGCCGCCCCCAGCGGAGAGCUCCAGAAGGCUGAGUGACGCCGCAGCACGGUGCCCACCUCCACAGGAAAAAAAAACUGAGACGGAUGCCCCAGGUCGACGCAAUCAACACUUUCUUUAAAAGGACGUUUAAAAGAGGAAACAUCAACAAAGUACAGAAAAUUGCUGCUUUUAUUUCGCAAUGGGCCCCCCUUAAUUUAGCGUUCUAGCGCGUCCUUCCCCUUCUUCCCCUUUUUAUUAUAGAUGUCAAGCUGACUCGAUACUCGGUCUUUACAGAAAAUUGCCAAUAUCAAACCGUUUUAGAUUCGGAAGGGACAAGAGGUUGGUUAAACAUACUGUUUUUUAUUUUUUUUUAUGCGGUUUAGAGGAAGAUCUAUCAAACAGUUUGGACAAAGAGAAACAUGACUUGAUUUGAAUGUUGGGAGUCUUUUGAAAGACCAUCGCUGACAGACGAACUCCUGGGCGGUUACCAUGGAGACCUACUUCCAUAUUGUUGAUACAACAGAGGAACAUUCAGAGUCCAUCACCAAGCCAUCGGGAGUAUGCUGGGAUCCUUUAUUUCGACCAGUCUGUUGGGUGUGUCUGAUCCUCAAGUCAGAAUAACCCCGUAUGGGGAAUGUGGUAGCAGAAAGGUUUCAAGUUGGUGGGAAGAUUUGUUCACCUCAUUUACUUUCAGAGGAAAAAAAUGGGGGUUUUGGUUUAAGCUAAGUCUAGGGUUUUUUUUUUGACAUUGAGGUGAUAAAUGGCUCAGAGGUUCUCCUGGGUUUGCAACUAAGUCCAAUAACAUGAAUUGAAAUGGUAAUUUUAAAUAAAAAUGCACGAUUUUUCAGAUAACAUACACUAUUUUUGUCCAUUGAUUUGAAAUGCCAAUGUACAGAUAGUUUGUAUCUUAAUGGGCAUCAUUUUCAAUGGUGGUGAUUUGAUUUUGAGCAUCAGGUAGGACAUUCUCGAGAGGUUGUGUUUUUCUUUAAAGAAUGGGUAUCCUUUUCAUUUGGCAUUUUAUUUGGUCAUCUAUUAAAAAUACAGUAUUACUGAAAUUAUUUACCGAGUGACAGUGCCUCAGUUUCUGUCGAUGCAUAUUACAUUUCUGAAACUUUAAAGCUAAACUGAUGUUUGGGAGCGUGUGGACCCAUGGCCUUACGAGCAAGAUACUGCCCAGGGGGAGCUCUGACCCGUGCAUGCCUGAGGUGUUCUCCUCCGCUGUAGUAAAGCAUGGUUUUUUUUGAAGAAUUUUAUCUUUUCUGGAGUUCUAUAUUGUAAGACUUUUUAACCUCUAAAUAAAGGAACUACUAUUUGCAA